UUUCAAUACACUAUGUAAGACGUUAUCACCUGCUUAUGGACAUUUACAGUGGCAACCUGUCCGCUGAUCUUCUGGAUAUCACCAAUAGGUACCUCAAUGCGUGUAAGCUAAAGAGCUAUAUACUCCCGCUGCCGUUCUGUGAUGAGACGGUUCUUAACCGAAGAUCAGUCCUGGCCAAAGUGCUAUCAAAUCCAUCUUGUCUCGGUAAGAAGCAGCUUUUUGAGGUACUGAAGCUUCUGCUCAAUGAUGGCUUUAGUACGUCGAAUAAGCGGAGGUUUACUGCGAUUUACGACAAUGUGAUUGAACAGUCACGGCCUGUAAGGAGUGUGCGAAAAGCAUCUCCCAGGCUGACUAGCAUUCGCAGUACACUGCGGCAGAGUUCGGCAUCCAUUGGUGACAGGCAGGUUGGCGAGUUGGCGUCAAUGCACGAACCAUUUCAAAUCGCACAUCAGCUCGAUGCUACUAUACACCAACUGUCGAAAUCUGAUACCGUUGGUUUCGUGAUGAUCAUAGCAUCGGAGCAGCAGAAGGACACCGACAGUGCUGGCUCCAAUCCCCCUUUAAUGCCUGUAGCAGGCUCUUUGGUUGAGAUUCUUGACCCUGAGGAACAUUGUAUCAGGGCACUUUGGUGUGAUCCCCGACUACUGCAACAGAAGGACGCCGAGUUCGGUAAGAUCGUUAUGUUACGGACCCUGGGUCACAUAUUUGACUAUGGAUACCCCGGUGCGCCUGCGAACAAUAAGCUUAAGCACACUUCAGUUCUCAACGUUCUCGGUAUAUUAUUUCCCAGUGCUGUCUACAUCUACAUGAUCAAUGUGCUACGGUUUGGGAAGCACUUUGAAACUGAGUAUAAUGGCGGAUCACACGACGACUCCAGCUCCCACUUCUGUAGGUGUCAGAGGCUCUCUGAAACCCCGGGUGCUGUGUUAUUUUGGGGUAUAUCGGAAUCCAGGUUAAAGAGCAUCUUCUACCACAUUAGAACCCAGAUUCCUACCAGGCCGUCGGAGCUUAUAGUCGACGCCUUGGGACGUAUAACUCACGUUGUCUAACUAGUGUUAAUCGGCACAUUGCCGUGAAUAUUUCG